UCCGCCCAGGGAACCCUGGGGGCUGUAGUUCCUUCCGCCGCGCUGCAGCCUGGGACGGCCGUGCUUGCCACCGCCGCAGUGUGCGUGGCGCCUUCCGCUCCGCCGGCCAUCCUGCGGAGUGAAGGCCAUGGACGUCAACCAGCCCAAGCAGGAGCAUUUGCUGGCUCUGAAAGUGAUGAGGCUAACCAAACCUACCUUGUUCACUAAUAUUCCAGUGACUUGUGAAGAAAGAGAUUUGCCAGGUAAUCUAUUUAACCAGCUCAUGAAAGAUGACCCUUCUACUGUAAAGGGUGCUGAAACUUUGAUGUUAGGAGAAAUGCUGACUUUGCCUCAAAAUUUUGGAAAUAUAUUUCUGGGAGAGACAUUUAGUAGUUACAUUAGUGUGCACAAUGAUAGCAAUCAAGUUGUCAAGGACAUACUUGUGAAGGCUGAUCUUCAGACAAGUUCUCAGCGUUUGAAUCUUUCAGCUUCUAGUGCUGCAGUGGCAGAACUUAAACCUGACUGUUGCAUUGAUGACGUGAUCCAUCAUGAAGUAAAGGAGAUAGGAACGCACAUCUUAGUUUGUGCAGUAAGUUAUACUACGCAGACUGGAGAGAAGAUGUACUUCAGAAAGUUCUUCAAAUUUCAGGUUCUUAAACCACUAGAUGUGAAAACCAAAUUCUACAACGCAGAGACAGAUGAAGUCUUUCUGGAAGCUCAAAUUCAGAAUAUCACUACCUCUCCAAUGUUUAUGGAGAAGGUUUCUUUAGAGCCAUCUAUGAUGUACAAUGUUGCAGAACUGAACACAGUUAACACAGCAGGGGAAAGUGAGUCUACAUUUGGUGCAAGGACUUACUUGCAACCUAUGGAUACACGUCAAUACUUAUACUGUCUAAAACCAAAGCAAGAAUUUGCAGAGAAAGCUGGAGUAAUAAAAGGUGUAACAGUGAUUGGUAAAUUAGACAUUGUAUGGAAAACUAAUCUGGGUGAACGAGGAAGGCUUCAAACUAGCCAGCUCCAAAGAAUGGCUCCUGGUUACGGUGAUGUAAGGCUUUCAUUGGAGACAAUACCAGAUACUGUAAAUUUGGAAGAACCUUUUGACAUUACAUGUAAAAUAACAAAUUGCAGCAGUGAAAGGACUAUGGAUCUGGUUUUAGAAAUGUGCAAUACUAAUUCCAUCCACUGGUGUGGAGUUUCAGGAAGGCAACUUGGAAAGCUGCACCCAAGUUCAUCCCUCCAUCUUGCACUUACAUUGUUGUCUUCAGUGCAGGGAUUGCAGAGUGUCUCUGGCCUAAGACUUACAGACACAUUUUUGAAGAGAACAUACGAGUAUGAUGAUAUUGCACAAGUCUGUGUAGUUUCUUCAGAAAUCAAGCAAAGCUGAGGGAAAACAAAUUUGUAGUUUUACUGGUGUUUUUUUGACCACCUUCUUGAUGUUUUUGCAGUCAACUGUUCUAAAAUGAGUCUAAACAAAAUCAAAUCCCUAUACAGCUGUAAAUGUGAUAAUGAUUAUUUUAUUUCUCUGAGCAUUUCUUCAGUGUUUUCAAAUCUUUUAAAACAUGCAUACGCAUUUUAUCUCCUAAAAAUAAAACCUUUG